AUGGCCUCGCCAAGGACAAUAACCAUCGUGGCCCUGUCUUUUGCUCUGGGUCUGUUUUUCGUCUUUAUGGGAACCAUUAAGCUCACUCCGAGGCUAAGCAAAGAUGCAUAUAGUGAAAUGAAAAGGGCAUACAAGAGCUAUGCCAAAGCACUGCCAGGCCUGAAGAAGAUUGGUAUCAGCUCCGUCCUGCUUCGUAAGAUCAUUGGCUCCCUGGAGGUUGGCUGUGGGGUGGUUCUCACCCUGGUGCCGGGCCGGCCCAAAGAUGUGGCCAACUUCUUGCUGCUGUUAGUCAUGCUGGCGGUCCUCUUCUUCCACCAGCUAGUAGGAGACCCCCUGAAGCGAUACGCCCACGCUCUAGUCUUUGGUAUUCUGCUCACCUGCCGACUGCUUAUUGCUCGCCAGAGUGAUGACCGGCCGGAGAGAGAGGACAGCAGGGAAGAACAGCACAUCAAUGACCAGGAAAAGAAUAAGGUCAAGCAGUCUUAAGCUCCUCGUCCACUUUUGGUCCAGGCCA